GUGUGGACAACGGCGGGAUUCCACGACCCGCAGAGGCCCACCAGCUCUGGGGAGGGCAAGGGGAGACGUGAUCCGGGGCCGCCCCCCAGGCUGAUGUCCCAGUCUGUGCCUUUCAAGAAACAUGGAGGUAAUUCAUGGCAGGCCCUACUAUUGCAGAGAGCUUGAAGGAGCUGACCUAUUGUCAAACACCUUUUACUCUAAUGAAUUGCACACUCCAUUACAAACAGCUACUCGCCCAACUGCCUCCGAGGACAGAUAUCAGGAAUUAAGGGAGUCAUUCCAACAAUGUAGACUUCCAUGGGGUGCUGACAGAGAAUAUGGUGGGGUAAUACCCAUUUCACUCCCUGAGGAGCACAGGCCAAAAUGUGAACCUCCUCAUGUCAUGGGCAAAGGACAUCAGCAUUAUGGAUUUGGUGGAGAAACCUGGCCAAGAAAACUUCCUAUUGAACAAUUCUAUUAUUUGACACAGAACAAAAAAAGUGACAUCUAUGGAAAUGAUUCUUUGAUGCCCAAACCACCUAAUGCAACAGUACAAGAAACCUGCUUCCCAUAUCCGAUUGAACACCCCUACCACACACACAUCUCACGUGGUGCCAUGUUCCCGACCUUUACAUCACCUAAGGAUCCUUACACUGGCAUUAAAGCCCGAAGCCAACGGCCGUUUCCUCCCACUGUGCCAACGAAGGCUUACGAUACGACGGUUUUGAAAACAAGAGGUAACCCUUACAGAUAUGAACUGCUUGAUUUUCCAAUGGAUUCAAAGAAGAAAGCCUUGAAUUGGCCAGGUCAGGGUGUAUAUUAUGAUUUUCCUAAAUGUGUUGGAAAGUACAAGCCAGUGUUCUACCCAAAACCUCCUAAAACCUUCGCUCCUAACACUUCUUUAAAUUCGUGGGACCCGAUUAACUCUGUAAAAGAAGCCAAUAUACAAAGAAAUCUUGAGAGGUCCCACUGGAUCACUUCAUAUGCUCAUGAUUUUACAGGUCUGGGGCCCAUGAACCCCCUUGAACUGGAUGAUUACCAUGAAAAGGAGAGAGCAGAGUUAACUGGACAGAUAGGAUUUGACCCAGAGCCUCAAGAAAAAUUCCAUCCUGUCUUAAAACCUCCAAGACCCCUAGCAGGACGAAUUGCUCGACUGAUGCAGAACCGACGGCCUCUGGAGGCUGUUGUCCAGCAGAGACCACAUUCCUGUCCAGAUUGUACCCCUAGAGUUUUGUGUAAUUUUCAUACCUUUGUACCCAGUUCUACAGAAAUGAUGGCACUUAGUGAUAACACACUGGCAGGUGUCACCCAUAAAAAACAGGAAAUUGAAGACAAGAUUAAGGAAGAACAAAGUUUGCUAUCUACCUAUGCAUCCCCACCUUGUUACCCAACAAGAGAUCUGACUAACGUUUGCGACAUAAAAAUAUCUCCAAAAAUCACAGAUACUAAGAAGAUAAAAGAUUUGUACUGGAGACAGCUGGCAUUAAAACCCCAACCUAUACCUUGCUAUAGCCCAAACCAUUACAUUCAGUAUGAGCUUCUAAAACCUGCCAUACGUGACCCGUGUACUAUGUGUCAAAACUCUGUUAGCUUUAGUAAGCCUACUAUUUUAGAAAGUAAACCAGACUUGGAAGCUUUUGAUUUCAAACAUUUUUUAAGUAAGCCAGAAGAAAGGCUGACCUUGAACACAGAAAACAAUGAGGAGACAAGACCCAUUCUGGGUUGGAUUCCUAGAGCUGGAGUGGCCAAGCCUCAGACUGACCUGCUAGGGCUUAAGAACUCUUUCUCAAAAACUGGUGCACAAAAACGUUUCCAUAAAUCAAUUCUAGAAGACCAUAAAGACCUCAGGGAUAAGGAGCAUUCAGGGAUGAAACACCAAUUCUAUGGCUAUAAUUCCUACUAUUUCUAUAAUUGAGAUUUUCAUCCUUUCCUUCAAAACCCAGCCUCUUGCAAGAAAAGUAAAAAUUUAACAGAA